AUGGAGAUGUUCAACUUUUCCGGGGCCUCCGCGGUCCCGAGCCGUUCUCUGUUGGACUUCACGCCCCUUUCAGCUCCCCAGAAGAGGCAUAUCACCAAGAUUUACGCUGCCCUGACAGUCAACGUGCUUCUUACUGCACUUGGGGUGUAUGUACACCUUAACUGGCUGAGGGUUCCAACCGUUCUCCCUCUUAUUCUCUCCGUUGGUUGCGUAUUGGGGCUUAACUUCUCAUCGCAGAAGGCUCAUGCAGAAUCGAAGAUGCUUACUCGAGACCGCGCCCUCAUGUUUGGUGGCUUUGGAUUCCUCAACGGCAUGUUGAUCGCCAAUUAUCUGCACGCUGUUCAUUUCUACGUGGGCCCCCGGGUCGUUCCUGCCGCCUUCUUCGCGUCUGUCGCAGUCUUCAGCUGCCUCUCUGCGGCCGCACUCUUAGCCAAACAACGGUCGUACUUGUAUUUGGGGGCGAUCCUCUCUUCCGUCCUGGGAUACUUCAUGCUGGCAUCCUUUGUGAAUAUCUUCUGGAAGACGCAGCUGCUCACCGACAUCCUUCUCUGGGGGGGCCUCUUUAUGUAUCUAGGGUUCGUGGUCUAUGACACGCAGCUGGCCGUGGCGCAGUUCGAUAGGGGGAACAGAGACUAUCUGGUGCAUGCGCUACAGUUUUAUGUGAACUUUGUAUCCGUGUUCCUCCGGCUCGUUGCAAUCCUUUCUGACCGUCAGGAGGAAAGCAACCGGAGGAAGCGGGACGGGAGAGAUCACUGA